GGCACGAGCCGUCGGUCUGCCGCCUCAUUUGCAUCAGAAAGCGGGCGCCGGCCAAUGGGCGCGCAGCCUUUCUCCAGCUGGCGGCGCCUCGCUUCUCCGGUCUAUAUAAGGAGAGCGCGGUGGCUCCUGGCUCACUCGCUGGUGGUGGGCGCGCCGGACCUUGGAGCUACUGACCGUGUUUGCGCUCGAGUUCCCUUUGCGCUUGUGGUUUUGGAUAACUUGCAGCUCAUCAACUGCACCAUGACUCUGGAAGAAGUCCGCGGCCAGGACACAGUUCCGGAAAGCACAGCCAGGAUGCAGGGCGCCGGGAAAGCGCUGCACGAGCUGCUGCUAUCGGCUCAGCGCCAGGGCUGCCUCACCGCCGGCGUCUACGAGUCCGCCAAAGUCCUGAACGUGGACCCUGACAACGUGACCUUCUGCGUGCUGGCCGCAGACGAGGAGGACGAGGGCGAUAUCGCGCUGCAGAUCCAUUUCACGCUGAUCCAGGCGUUCUGCUGCGAGAACGACAUAGACAUCGUGCGCGUGGGCGACGUGCAGAGGCUGGCGGCGAUCGUGGGCGCGGGCGAUGAGGGGGGCUCGCCGGGCGACCUGCAUUGCAUCCUCAUUUCGAACCCCAAUGAGGACGCGUGGAAGGACCCAGCCUUGGAGAAGCUUAGCCUGUUCUGCGAGGAGAGCCGCAGCGUCAACGACUGGGUACCUAGCAUCACCCUUCCCGAGUGACCGCCCGGGCGGGAGCCUUGGUCUGAUCGAGGACGGGGCGACGCCCCGGGGCGCCUAGCGCGCUGCUGGCUCUGUGGAGGGGCCCUCCGAGGACACCCGAGUGCGGCGUGGAGACUGGCAGGCGGAAGCCUGGAGAGUGAGGAGCAGGCCUGCCCAGGAGGGGCUGGGCCAAGGCGGGGCAGGCUGGCCCAAGCCAAGGACUCUGCGAAUGUCCGGAGCGGCUGCUUGCUCAGGAAGGCGAGGUGGGGACGUUGGCCUCAGGGCCGGGAAGGACAGACUGGCUGGGUAGGCAUGACUCAGCACCUGCGCUCCUCCUGAGGCGGGGAGGGCCGGCCAGGCCGUUUGGACUUGAUACAGCCGCAGGAGCCUGACGGACUUCGCAGGCUGCUCUGCUUUUGCAAAAGGGAUCCGGGCAAUGUUUCGUUUUCUUAAGGACACUGUCAUUGAAGCUUUGAAUUUUACAAUAAACUUGUUGAAACAAA